UUCGGCCAUCCCAAAAUCCCAAUUUCCCAUUUGCCUCUUUUCCCUCUUCCCUCUUCCCUCUUCCCUUCCCAAGUUCCUGGCACUUCCCGACUACCAGUCCCAGUUCUCUUCAGCCUCACCUUCACUUCCGAGUUCCCUUCCCACUUCGCAGUUCGCACAAAGUCGGCGACGGCGAGUUCGAACCUCCUGUUCCAGAUCGGCAGAUCCACUCUUCCCCUUCGGACUUCGGCUUCCGCCUUCCCAACUUCGCAGCUCGCACUCUCGCAGACUCGCAGUACUCCUUCGGACCUUCCGUCCUUCAGCCUUUCACAAGUCUCCAGUCUCAGCCACCACUGCCGCCUGUUGCAGCCGCGGUUGCUGGCUCUCCUGCACAGAUUCUUGGAUUACCAAAGCAUCUCUUUGGUACUUUCUGCAAGCAGCCAAUUGAAAGAUAACAAGGAUGGUGUUUGGUCAGAUCGUGAUAGGUCCACCAGGUUCAGGCAAGACCACCUACUGCAAUGGAAUGUCUCAAUUCCUCCAACUCAUUGGAAGGAAGGUCGCUGUUAUAAAUUUGGAUCCUGCCAAUGAUCAAUUGCCGUAUGGGUGUGCUGUGAAUAUUGAGGAUCUCAUUAAGCUAAGUGAUGUAAUGAAUGAGCAUUCCCUUGGUCCCAACGGAGGUCUUGUGUAUUGCAUGGAUUAUUUAGAGAAGAACAUUGACUGGCUGGAGUCCAAGUUGGAACCCCUCCUUAAAGAUCACUAUCUUCUUUUUGACUUUCCUGGCCAAGUUGAACUAUUUUUCCUUCAUUCAAAUGCUAAGAGAGCCAUCAUGAAACUCAUAAAGAAGUUGAACCUCAGGUUGACUGCAAUGCACUUAAUUGAUGCCCAUCUUUGCAGUGAUCCUGGGAAGUAUGUGAGUGCAUUGCUGCUUUCAUUAUCAACCAUGCUUCAUUUGGAACUCCCUCACAUCAAUGUCCUGUCUAAGAUUGAUUUGAUUGAAAGCUAUGGGAAGCUAGCUUUCAAUCUUGAUUUUUAUACCGAUGCGCAAGAUCUAUCUUAUUUGCAGUAUCAUCUUGAUCAGGAUUCUCGUUCUGCUAAGUACAGAAAGCUUACAAAGGAGCUUUGUGACGUGAUAGAAGACUAUGGUCUUGUUAACUUUACAACCUUGGAUAUUCAGGAUAAAGAGAGUGUAGGAAAUCUUGUGAAGAUGAUAGAUAGGAGCAAUGGUUACAUUUUUGCUGGCCUAGAAGGGAGCGCAGUUGAGUUCAGCAAAAUUGCCGUUGGUCCUGUUGAUUGGGAUUAUUACAGAGUGGCUGCAGUGCAGGAGAGGUAUAUGAAAGAUGAUGAGAAAUUUGAUUAUAGUGACUGAUGGGAAUUUGAAAAAACCAAUUCCAUGAAUUGCAGUACACUGAAUUGUAUCACACAAAACGGAGUUUUUGUCGCUGCAGAGCUUCAUGGCUUCACAAUCCCCCAAUCUUUUUCAAGACUGCAAGCUCUUGUUAAAAAGGGGAACUACUGAUGUUACCAAAUGUGUCAACUUUGUGGCAACGUUGUGUAAUUCUGAUCACAAUGAAUGAAAUUUUAUUUAAUGCAUGUGCAGAAUUGUAACUUAAAACAGUUUGGAAGGAUUCUGAUCAUCUCAACUGGUCGACCCU